CCGUGUCUCCGGGGCCACGGGGCGAAGCUUUUGUGACUCAAGGAUUCGGCGGGCCUGGCAAGCCGGGCUCCCUGGUCGGCUCUCGCGGGGGCGGCGUCAUGGAUCAGGUAAUGCAGUUCGUUGAGCCAAGCCGGCAGUUUGUGAAGGACUCGAUUCGACUGGUAAAAAGAUGCACUAAACCUGAUAGAAAAGAAUUCCAGAAGAUUGCCAUGGCAACAGCAAUAGGAUUUGCUAUAAUGGGAUUCAUUGGCUUUUUUGUGAAAUUGAUCCAUAUUCCUAUUAAUAACAUCAUUGUUGGUGGCUGAAUACCUUUUUAGAAGAGUGUUUUUCAUCUUGGGGAUUGGUGAAUAAGUGAGGAUUUGAGAAGCUCAUGGAGUAAAAAUUUGCCUAUAUAUUUUGUGGUUUUCUUUCAUUUUUUUCUUCCAAGAUGUUUUCUAUUUCUAAAUUAAAAUAAUUUCAAGAUAAACAAACUUCUCUUUUUUCCAUCACAUCAAAGUUUAAUGAUAGGAAAUAAUGAGUUCUUUUCCCUCCCUCCAUUCUUUUCCUCCUUCCUUCCAUCCUUCAUAUUUUGGUUUAUAGGAGAAAUUAAAGAGCAUGGUGAAAUAUUUAA